UCCUCCUUUUUUUUUUUUUCGAAUUGGUUCUGACGGGUGUUUCGAGUUACAAAAUGGCGGCGCAGAGCGCUCUCUUCAACGUUCAGUAGCGGCUUCAGGCUGGGCGGAUGCCUCGUCCCCUCGGUGCCCGACUCCAAGCUCCCGAGGCCUGCUGACCACGAAGUCCUUGGAGGUGCUCAGCGCACCGGAAGCUCCCAGCGGCCGCGACCGCCGUCUCGGCCCUGUCCGCCGCGGCGCCCGGGACCCAGCGCGAUCUGCGGCGGCCGCCCAGGAGGUUCACAAAAAUGGCCAAAAGAAUUGCAGAGAAGGAAUUAACAGAUAGGAACUGGGAUCAAGAAGACGAAGCUGAAGAGGUGGGAACGUUCUCAGUUGCCAGUGAGGAAGUCUUGAAGAAUAGAGCCAUAAAGAAGGCAAAGCGUAGGAACGUUGGAUUUGAAUCUGAUAGUGGAGGGGCCUUUAAAGGUUUUAAAGGUUUGGUUGUGCCUUCUGGAGGAGGAGGAUUUUCUGGAUUUGGUGGUGGCUCUGGAGGGAAGCCUCUAGAAGGACUGACAAAUGGAAACAGCACAGCCAGUGCCACACCCUUCUCCAGCACAAAGGCGACAGUGGAGCCCAAGGCAACCUUUGGUGCUUUUGCUGUGAAUGGCCCUACUACCCUGGUGGAUAAAAAGAUUUCAAGUCCCAAAUGUACUCACAGCAAUCAGCUGGCCUCCCCUGGCCCUGCUUCCAGUACAGCCUGCACUGGGAAUGUCUAUCACAAGCAGUUGGCUGGCUUGAACUGCUCUGUCCGGGACUGGAUAGUGAAGCAUGUGAAUACGAACCCACUGUGUGACCUGACGCCCAUUUUUAAAGACUAUGAGAGAUACUUGGCCACGAUUGAGAAGCAGCUUGAGAAUGGAGGCAGCAGCAGUUCUGAGAGCCAGACUGACAGGGCAGCGAUCGGAAUGCAGUCUCCCUCCCUUUUUAGUUCAGCAAAACUACAGCAAGAGUCACCGUUCCCGUUUCAUGGUAACAAGGCAGAGGACACAUCUGAAAAGGUGGAGUUUACAGCAGAAAAGAAAUCAGACACAGCACAAGGAACAACAAGUGCCUCGUUUAAUUUUGGCAAGAAAAUUGAGAGCUCAGUUUUGGGCUCAUUAAGCUCUGGCUCCCUGACUGGGUUUUCAUUCUCCCCUGGAAACUCUAGUUUAUUUGGUAAAGAUGCUGCCCAAAGUAAAGCUGCCUCUUCACCGUUUUCUGCUAAAGCAUCGGAGAGUCAAGCAGGAGGCAGCGGCAGUGAAUGCAGAGGUGGCGAUGAAGAAGAGGAUGAGCCGCCCAAGGUGGUGGUGACUGAAGUGAAGGAAGAGGAUGCCUUCUACUCCAAAAAGUGUAAACUAUUUUACAAGAAAGACAAUGAAUUUAAAGAGAAGGGUGUGGGGACCCUGCAUUUAAAACCCACAGCCAGUCAGAAGACUCAGCUCUUGGUGCGGGCAGACACCAACCUAGGUAACAUACUGCUGAAUGUUCUGAUUCCACCCAAUAUGCCGUGCACCCGAACAGGGAAAAACAAUGUCCUCAUCGUCUGUGUCCCCAACCCUCCACUCGAUGAGAAGCAGCCCACAGUCCCGGUCACCAUGCUGAUUCGGGUGAAGACGAGCGAGGAUGCGGAUGAAUUACACAAGAUUUUACUGCAGAAAAAGGAUGCCUGAGCACUGAGGCCGACCAAGGAAUGUUGCCACAUUGCUGCUUCCCCUCUGCCCCCUAAACUUAGUCACAUUCUUUCCUCUUCUUACUGUGACAUUCUGAGAACUCCUAGGUAACGGGAAACUUCUGUGAGGAAGAUUAAGGCCAAUAAAACCUCUGGAUGUGUCAGCUCUGUUCCCUUCCUGAGAACUAAGCAAAAUACAUUCAAGGGAAAAAUUUGGGAAGAUUUUUAAUGUGGAUGCAUUGAGUAAAAACUAACUUAAGUGAUUCUUAAUGGACUGCAAUCAGGGUACCAGUUAGCUCUCCAAAGGCUCCUUCAGGCAGCCUUGGGCUCCGCUCUCCUGCCUGCCCCAGGAGACCCCAUGGCAGUGUCCCUCAGUGCUCCGGAAGACACCCACCGCUCCCCUCCCGUGGGCCUCUCUGACCCGUGACUAGCACUCCUGCCAAACACCACGCCGCCACACUGUGACUGCGCUAAACUGGGGACUGGGUAUCGCUGUCAUCGGCCUGUUGGCAGGUACUGGCCUUUGACCUGGGGCUGCUUGACAUCCAGAAACGGCCUUUUCAUGAAAAGGACAUGAGUGGCCUGUCGGGGAGCUGGCGGUGUAGACUAGGUUUUGUUUUUAUCCAGGAGGUGCUCUUACUUUACCCCCUCAGUUAAUGUGGAAGGGGCUGUCAGGAAUAAUGGAUUUUAAAAGCACAAAUUUGGUAGCUUUUUUUAUAUCAUUUCUAUACCACAAACAAGCCUUUAUUUUAAAAGAAAAAAGAGAAACCAUACUGAAAAGGGAUGUGUGCUCAUGGCCGUUUCUGCCUGCUGAACCCCAUGGGUACAGCCUGAAUAGAGUCCUCAGGAACCAUGCACUCAAAAGAAGCAGGAGUGUGGGGGUGGGAAACCACCGGUUUGGCCUGUAGCUUCAGACAGCAGCAUGUUACUGGGCAUCUGAAAAACUCGUGUUUAUUUUUAUUUUUUUAAGGCUGAGGUAUUGUGUCCAUUUGGAAGAGAGCCGUGGUUCUGCACGGGCCAUUCAUGUCACUUCAGAGCGGUGAGGUUACUAAUACUAGCAUUCUCUGAAGACCAGACAUCAGUUAAAUGCAGGACUUGAUGCCUAGCUGCUCUUGGUUCACACACCUGUAAUCCAGUGCUGGAGAAGCUGAGGCAGGAAGAUGGUGAAGUUGGGAGCUCUUCAGGGCAUCUUCUAGCCCCACGCUCUGCACAAGGCCACCGCGUGCUCUUCAGAAGCAAUCAUAAGACUGAGGACAAAUUUGUAAAGGGGAUGUGAGACUUCUUAACAAUCACAUGGAGUAAUCUGCUUUUUACCUUAAACAGGAAAUUGUUUUCUAAAGCUAAAAUACUUGAAUUGUCAAGACAGUAUAAUCUCAGUGUGUGUGAGCUUUUGAAUGAGCCUGUGAGGAAGUGUACCAAUCCAUGAAAUGUGAAUAAAUGGAAAGUUAACCCCA